CCGUGCGAACAGCCUGACUGUGCAUUCGGGACCUGGACAUAAUAAUCAAGCGUUUCAUCCAUAAUGCGUAAUCGUGGAAACAUGGAUCUGAGUGAGAAAUCCGAGCUCAGGUGUGCAGUCAUGCAACCAGCCAGAGACUGACUUGGGGUUAUUUUUUUUGUCUGCGCUUUGCUUUGCAUUGCAUUGGUUUCCUUUUUCUCUUUCUCUCUUGCAGCAAUCAUUGUAACACAUCAGUGCGGAGUAUCGGCUUAUUUCGUUCAUGCAUUUUACUGUUUCUGUGACUAAAAACGUCCUGGUCUUAAUUCAGAAUCAGUGCAUAAAGGCAGAGAGACUGAGCGCAUUGAAACGCCGCUGCGCUCGAGCUGAUUGGAGAUUUGGGGAAAUGAUGGAUUAUGAUGACAGAUUAUAAAUUCACGCGCAGGUGAAGUGAAGUUUGGGGUAAAACUGUAAAAGACUGGACUUGUUAACGCGACUCAGGGUUACAGCUGAUGCUACUUUGUGGCACGGAGAGUCUUCUUGCACAUCUGGCUUUUCUAAUCCGAUUUGUAGACAAAACAAACCCCCAGAUGUGGAAAGAAACAUCUGCAAUGUGAUCCAAGGAAUCACCUGCGCGUCUCACGUGAUGAUGAAGGUCGGAGGGAUGAAGCUUUUCUUAUUGAAGUGCUUGUUAUUCCUGCGCUGUGUUUGGCUUUGUUUGGCUGCCUGUGGUGAGCAGGUGGAGCUUCACACGGAGAGAAGAGGAGUGAUCUACAGUCCAUCAUGGCCUUUAAACUACCCUGCUGGAGUCAAUUGUUCCUGGAACAUCCAGGGGAACCAUGGCGAGGUUAUCACUAUAAGCUUCCACAGCUUUGACGUGGAGGAUUCGGGUGGAUGUCGGGGAGACUGGCUGCUGCUCGGCCCCACACGGAAAGACGAGUAUCGUGUAUGCGGCUCGGUCCUGCCGCCUCCAUUCAUCUCCUCCCGAGGUGCGGUGUGGCUCCAUUUUCACUCACAGGCCAACAGCUCAGGACUGGCACAAGGCUUCAGGCUCUCCUACAUACGCAGUCGUUUGGGAGAGAGCAGCUGUGAGAGUGAUGAGUACCUGUGUGGAAACGGGAAGUGUGUGGCGCGCUCCUGGCGCUGUAACGGCUUGGACGAAUGCGGAGACAAAACGGAUGAGAGGAACUGCAUCGGCCCUCCCACGCCGGCCCGUGCCAGCCUGUGUGCCCCAGGUAUGCUGGAGUGCAGCCUCGCCCAGUCGACCCGCUGCCUGCCCUCAGCACUGCGCUGUAACGGCGUGCACGACUGCCCUGACGGCUCCGACGAGGCUCAGUGUCCCGACAUGGUGUGUGGAAAACGGCUGGCCAACUUCUACGGCAUGUUCGCCUCGCCAGAUUAUUUCCGGCCGAAUCGCAGCACUGGCACUGACCUCUACUGCACCUGGCUCCUGGACACACAGGACCCGAAGCCUCUGCUGCUGAGGUUGGACCUGCAGUUGGGAGCAGGCGACUCGGUGCGUGUGUAUGACGGUCUGGGGGAACGAGCCGAGCGUCUGCUGCAGAGUCUCACACACCACAACAACCAGCGUUCAGCCAUGCUGGAGUCGUCACAGGGGCAGAUGAGUGUUCUGUACCAUGCCAAGCCUCAUAGCCAGGGGCACGGCUUCAACGCCUCAUACCAGGUGAAAGGUUACUGUUUCCCAGGUGAGUUCCCGUGUGGUCCAGAUGAAGGCUGUUACGCUCAGUACCAGCGCUGUGACGGUUACUGGCACUGUCCGAGUGGCCGAGAUGAGGAGGGGUGCCCGCGUUGUGCCCCAGGUCAGUACCCUUGCCAGGGGGCCGGAGGUGUGUGUUACUCUGCUCACGAGCGCUGUGACAAUCAGAAACAGUGCCCAGAUGGUUCGGAUGAGAAAAACUGUUUCUCCUGCCAGCCGGGAACGUUCCACUGCGCAACGAACCUGUGCAUCCUGGAGACGUGGCGCUGUGACGGGCAGGAGGACUGCGCUGACGGCAGUGACGAGCACGAGUGCCAGGCUGCUGUGCCUCGCAAAGUAAUCACAGCGGCGCUGAUCGGCAGCAUGGCAUGCAGCUUGCUGCUCGUCAUCGCCCUCGGCUGUGCUUUCAAACUCUACUCGCUUAGAACCAGGGAGUACCGAGCUUUUGAAACCCAGAUGACUCAGCUGGAGGCGGAGUUUGUUCAAAGAGAAGCUCCGCCCUCAUACGGUCAGCUGAUUGCUCAGGGUCUCAUCCCACCUGUGGAGGAUUUUCCUGCUUAUAAUCCUGCUCAGGUGUCCGUUCUGCACAGUCUCCGCUCCGCCAUGCGGAGACAGAUGAGGCGUCAUUCUUCCCGUCGUAUGGCAUCACGUCGCAGACUGGGCCGGCUUUGGAGUCGCCUGUUCCAGCGAGGGAGUCGACUGCGUGGUCAUAUACUCCUGCUUACCCCACCUGGGCGCGCACACACUCCCUCACAGACGCACCCACUGCCGUCUGGUCACGCACUCGUCAGCUCUCGGAUUGGGAACAGCAGCCACUGUGGUGUAGAGGGGCAGAGCGGCGAGUGGGUGGACCUGCAGGCUCACGCCGAGGCUCUGUGCUUAGCUGAAAGCGGGUCACCUGCGUCGUCCCCCUCGUCACCAGCCCUGCCGCGCUCCACCUCAGACACACUUGAGGACGAAGACGACGAGAAUGACGACGAGAACCCUAACCGAGCGUCAGGUCAUAGGCCCAGAGAUGAGCGGAGAUCACAUGGAGCCCCACGUCGACCCUCACGUCUACCUUUUCAAUCACGAGCAUCCAGAAGGGUCGUCCAGGGACUUGCCGCUGAACUGGGAGCCAUGCCAUUGACACGCUACUCUGUACUGGGAAUCUCUCCUCUGUCCACGCCGGAUUCUCUGACAUCAUCUAGCAGCCAGAACGAAGACGAAGUGUAUUUACCGACACACACAGACGUCUGCUCAAACGCUCGCUCUGAGUCACACACUGACCCCAACACACACUCAGCAGUUAGAGAUAAAAGCGUAAAGAGAUCCGGGAUUCAGAGUGCAGACACGAGCAGCGACGAAGACGAGAGCGUCAUUCUGUUCAUGCGCUAAAGGGCCUUAUUCAUCCUGUUUCAAACUUUAUAUAACACAAAUGUUGCUCGCAGAAUGUGUGGGAAAAGUUUACCAAUGACCGUACAACACGGAUUACGUCUAUGGUGACAUCGCUCUUAUUAUAUUCGUAACACUGUAGAUUGAAUCUGUUUAUAUUUUUCAGGCAGAAGUAACUGUGAGGAGACGAGUGUGUGUAGGCGUAGCCAGGGUUUCACUCGGGGAAAGUGUCUGGGUCAC